AUGGCAGAUUCAGAGCAGAAACCCACUCCCGAGAACAUGACCAUGAUGCAGGCCUUCGAAUGGUACGUACCGGACGAUAAAAAGCACUGGAAACGCCUGCACGACCAAGCCGCACAAUUGAAAGCCACCGGGGUUGAUAAUAUUUGGAUCCCUCCCGGAUGUAAAGCCUCAUCUCCCUCCGGCAACGGCUACGACAUCUACGACCUGUACGACUUGGGAGAGUUCGAUCAGAAGGGGGGCAAGGGUACGAAAUGGGGAACCAAGGAAGAACUCCUCGCCUUGGCGAGCAAGGCAAACGAGGUCGGACUCGGCAUCUAUUGGGACGCAGUCCUCAACCACAAAGCAGCAGCAGACCACAAAGAGCGAUGCGAAGCCCAAGAAGUCGACGAAAACGACCGCACCAAGACCGUCUCCGACCCCUAUGAAAUCAAUGCCUGGCUUGGCUUCGACUUCCCCGGCCGCGGAGAUAAGUACUCAGAGCAGAAAUAUCACUGGUACCAUUUCUCUGGCACCGAUUACAACGCCGACAAUAACAAGACAGCCAUCUACAAGAUCCUUGGCGACAAGACAAAGGGCUGGGCCCAGUCAGGAGACGUUGAUUCCGAGAAGGGCAAUUACGAUUACCUCAUGUUCGCCGAUCUCGACUACUCGCAUCCCGAGGUUGAAGCCGACGUUAUGAACUGGGGCGUCUGGCUCUCUAAGGAGAUCACACUCAAGGGCAUCCGUUUCGAUGCUGUGAAACAUUUCUCUGAAGACUUUCUGAGGAAGUUCAUCACAUCAAUGGAUGAGACGCAUGGCGAAGGAUGGUUCUUCGUCGGCGAAUUCUGGAAAGAUAGUUUGGAUGAUAUGAGCAGGUAUCUGGAGCGUAUGGGCAAGAAGUUCAGUCUGUUUGAUGCGCCGCUUGUCUACAACUUUUCACAAAUGAGCAAGACGGAGAAUGCGGAUCUCAGGAAGGUGUUUGAUAAUACGUUGGUGGCUAUUGAGCCUGUCAACGCCGUCACCCUUGUGAUGAACCACGACACCCAACCCCACCAAGCCCUCGAAGCCCCUAUCGAAGGUUUCUUCAAGCCACUGGCCUACGCUCUCAUCCUCCUCCGGAACUCCGGCUACCCGUGCCUCUUCUACGGCGAUAUGUACGGUAUCGACCCCGCCGGCACUGCGCAGUCCAUCCCUCCCGCCUGCGGUGGCGCUCUACCAGACCUCGUGCUCGCCCGCAAGUUGUAUGCGUAUGGCGAACAACAGGAUUAUUUCGACUAUGCUACGUGUAUUGGGUGGGUUAGACUUGGCACGUGGGAUAAGAAAUGGGGUUGUGCGGUUGUAUUAAGCAAUGCAGGGCCAGGAGAGAAGAGAAUGUGGGUUGGCGAUAUGCAUGCCGGUGAGGUUUGGACGGAUGUUCUGGGGUGGGAACAGGGUGAGGUCACGAUUGGGAACGAUGGGUUUGGGGUUUUUACAUGCCCUGGUGUGAGUCUUAGCGUCUGGGUGAACAAAGACGCUGAGGGACGAGAGAAGUUUGGGAAAUUUGAUGCCGAUAUCUACAAGUCCUGA